UACACAGCAUGAACAGGAAAGCUAUGGGCCUAUCGUAUCUGGAGGCCCAAUAAGCUCCAAGGAUAGAGCCGGAGUGGGAGGCAGGGCAGCAGAGGCGCAGCCGAGCAGAAAGAACAUCAGGAAGGAGAGGCUGAGGCCUGAGGGAGACGACGACGAGGGAAUCAAGGGAUUCGGAAUCGGAAUCGGAGAAGGAAAGAUGCCUUGCCUCAACGUGUCCACCAACGUGAACCUCGACGGAGUGGACACCUCCGCCGUCCUCGCCGACGCAUCCAAGACCGUCGCCACCAUCAUCGGCAAGCCCGAGGCCUAUGUGAUGGUUGUUCUCAAGGGUUCAGUGCCUAUGGCAUUUGGAGGUACCCAGGAGCCUGCCGCUUAUGGCGAGCUGGUUUCCAUUGGUGGGCUGAACCCUGAUGUCAACAAGAAGUUGAGUGCUGGCAUUGCCUCUAUCCUGGAGUCAAAGCUAUCCAUUCCCAAGGGCCGCUUCUACCUCAAGUUCUACGAUUCCAAGGCCCAUCGUGCACAAGAACAUGCUCAAUGUUUGCAUGCUUUGCAUCAAGAAUAGAUCAGUCGCUCGGACUUUGGAUGGAACGGCACCACCUUUUAGGUUAAACUGUAUGCCUGUGGCUUCAAGAUGCAUGAAACCUAAGAAUUCCUAAUAUCUUGUUCAUUGCCUAUUGGAGGACAAUGCAGUCGAUGUAUCAGUUUAAUGUCAACAAGAGUCACCGUGGAACUGGAAAUAUGCUUCUGAAUGCGGGGCUUUUAACUAUUUGCCAUGUUUAGAUUUGGCAAAUAACUAUUUGCCACCCCUAUCUCAAUGACAUGUGGGUCCACAUGUGUCUAUGACGUGUGGGUUCAGCGGCAAAAAGUUAAUUGCCACAUCUAAAUGUGGCAAAUGGUUAAAUAUCGGUCUGAAUGCAAUUUGGCAUGCUUGAGUUGAGAGCUCUGUGUGUGUGUUUUGUCUAUUAAGGUUUGUCCCUGUAUUAAUGGGUGUGGGGGGCAGGCCUAAAUUCAGUGUUUUAGCACACAGAAUCAACCAAGGAAGCCUUUGCUGCGAGGUCAUUUCUUCCCUUGACCACAGCAGUACUAUAUUUGAUGGCUAGAAGUAGGAACCACAAGUUAAUUAGGGCUUUGCAUUUGGUGGUUGUUGGUGCUAAAGUGGUUUGGUACUUGCAUAUCAAAGGGUCUUUGUCUGUUUGGUUUGGUUCUUAAGCAUGAAACUUUGCUGGUGUCUA